CACCACCACUCCAAUCCACCACCAACGAAGGAAGACGCCGCCAUGCCGAUCCGUCGCCUCCUAGCCGCCGGCCUCUCCGCCGCCUCCGUGCGCCUCCGCCUCCGCUCCCUCUCCACGGCCGCCUCGCACCCUCCGUGGGCCAUGGUCAACCGUAUUUCUGCGUCCUACAAAUCGAGGACGCCGACCUUCCACCUCGCCGAGCCCCCGCGCUACUCCUACCUGGAGCUGCCGGCGCACCUCAUCCACACCAGCGACGAGCCCGGCCCCGACAGCGACUUGGAGCAGCUGCUCGGAGGGAUGGUCUCAUGCUCCAGCGGCGCCGGCGGCCUCCUCCUCCUCACUUGCUUUGACGGCCGCCUGUCGUCUCCCAUCCUCGCGCAGCAGGGGGGCAAGCAAGUGCGGCACCAGACAGGCAAGCCCGUCGACGGCCACGAAACCGACUUCACCUACCUCGUCUGCAACCCUCUCAGCGGCCAGGUGUCCCGUGUACCCAUCAUCGGCUACACCACCAACAUCUUGCGCGACACCCACAUGGGCCUCCUCGCCCAAUCCGACCGAGGCCAUGGGCUGCCUGACAGGUUCGCCGUCGCAAGGCUCUACUCGGAGAACAAGAUGGUCCGGUUUCUCUCGGAUGCAGGCGAGUGGGACCUCGCGCAGGGCGCGCCGGGGCCGUGCCAACAUCGGCUUGCGCGCCGGAUAGGGAUCAGUCUGUUCCAUGAGGUGCUGGCCUUCGCCGGACGGCUGUGGUGGGUGGACUUGACCUGCGGCGCCAUGUCGGCCGACCCGUUCAGCAACUGGACGGAGACCCACUUCGUCGAGCUCCCCAAGGACAGCGUGCUACCUGAAGCUGCUAGAAGGGCCGAAGCAAAGCUGCUGUUCAACUACCGGCGCAUGGGGGUCAGCGACGGGAGGCUUCGGUACGUCGAGCUGUCUCAAAGAGAGCCCUUUCUGCUCAGCUCCUUCGCGCUAGACGAGGAGGGCAGCGGCGACUGGACGCUGGAGCACCGGGUGGCGCUCAGCCGGGUCUGGGCGGCGGAUGGAGGCGCCCACCCGUGGCUGCCCUUGCAAGGAGACACGACGCCACACAUUGGCGUUCUGGACCCGCUCAAUGCCAAUUUCAUACACAUCAUCGUCGGCCAGCACGUCAUCGCCGUGGAUAUGCAGGCGGGGAAGGUGACUGGGAGUUCUGUGCUUCCUAGCUACAUGCACCAUCUAGGUUUCAUACCAUGUAUGCUUGCAUCAACGCGGAUCCCCUCUUCUACAGGCCAGGACAUCUUCAAAAACCAAUCUCUGGCAGACGUUCAAGUUCAUUCACACAUAUAUGAUCAAGAAUACUAGGAGUCCUGGACCAGGCUACCAUGUUUCUUAUAACAAAAAGAUGCAGGUGUUUUAAUCAACUAAGAAGCUGGUGGCGGUAGUUUGCUGAAGUCUCAUUUGGGAUAAAAGCUGAAGAAGUCUGGGUUUCUUCGAGAUUGCGGAUGAACCUACCGUUUUGGGGGCA